CGCUCAGCCUUCACUCCGGACUAGCCUUCACUCAGCACAGAGCGUGCCUCAUAGUGAGUGUAUUAAACCCACGCUGCCUGGAGCGAUACUCAGCCCCAUACGCUGAUCUGAAGAGAAAAUAUGGAGAAAAAGAGUGAGAUCAACGGACACGCCAUGCCCGGCUCGGCCUCUACCGACCUGAUCGUGGAGAAAAACGCGAAGAAGAGCUUCAGAGAGAAGCUGAUGGAGUUUCUGGGGAAGAACCUACUGGUGAUCAUGACGGUGUCCGGGGUGCUGGUGGGCGUCGGGCUCGGCAUGAUGGUCCGCAACAUGAACCUGACCAGGGCACAGAUGACCUACUUCGCCUUCCCCGGAGAGAUGCUCCUCCGCAUGCUGAAGAUGAUCAUCCUGCCCCUGGUCGUCUGCAGCCUCAUAUCCGGCGCUGCCAGCCUGGACACGCGCUCCCUGGGCAAGCUGGGGGGCAUAGCAGUAGCCUACUUUCUGGUGACCACACUGAUCGCCUCGGGGAUCGGGGUCUCCCUUGCUUUCAUAAUCAAACCCGGAGUUGGCGCAGGAGCUCUGAACACCAACAACCUGGGGUUGGAGAGCGUGAGCAAGGACAAGGAGACAGCGGACUCUUUCUUGGACCUGGCCAGAAACUUGUUCCCAUCGAACUUGGUGUCAGCUGCUUUCAGCUCUUAUGCUACUGACUACAAGAUGGUCGCUGUUGGAAAUGACACCAAUGGGACCACCCUGUAUCAAAAGGUUCCUUUUGGUACUGAAACAGAUGGCAUGAACAUCCUUGGUCUGGUGUUAUUUGCCAUGGUGUUUGGUGUGGCGCUGAGGAAGCUGGGAGAUGAGGGGGAGGAACUCAUCCGUUUCUUCAAUGCGUUUAACGAGGCGACCAUGGUGCUGGUGUCCUGGAUCAUGUGGUAUAUCCCUUUUGGCAUCGUGUUCCUGGUGGGCAGUAAGAUUGUUGAGAUGGCAGAUGUGUUUCUUCUGGUCACUAGUCUGGGGAAAUACAUAUUUGCUUCAAUUCUGGGCCAUAUCAUUCAUGGAGGGAUCGUCCUGCCACUCAUCUACUUCGGCUUCACUCGAAAAAACCCCUUCAGCUUCCUGUCAGGCCUCAUCACCCCCUUCACCACUGCCUUCGCCACCUGCUCAAGUUCUGCGACUCUCCCCUCCAUGAUAAAAUGCGUGGAGGAGAACAACGGUGUGGACAAACGGAUCAGCCGCUUUAUCCUUCCUAUUGGUGCCACUGUUAACAUGGACGGUGCGGCCAUUUUCCAGUGCAUCGCUGCUGUGUUCAUCGCCCAGCUCAACAAUGCUGAGCUGAACGCCGGACAGAUCUUCACCAUCCUAGUGACAGCCACAGCCUCAAGUGUGGGUGCAGCAGGAAUCCCAGCUGGUGGGAUCAUCACCAUCGCCAUCAUCCUGGAGGCCAUCGGGCUGCCAACCAACGACCUGUCCCUGAUGCUGGCUGUUGACUGGAUUGUUGAUCGUACCACCACCGUGGUGAACGUGGAGGGCGACGCUCUGGGAGCAGGAAUCCUACACCACAUCAACCAGCAGGAGAUGAAAAAGAAGCAGGAACAGCAGCAGCGUGAGGAGGAGCUGGCCGAGGUACGGGUGGAAGCGGUGGCCAACGUCCAGGCGGAGGAGGAGACCUCGCCGCUCGUCAACCACCAAACCAAAGCUGUAGGAGCCAUGCCGGAAGCUAUCGAGUCAGUCCUGUGAAAUCUGGAAGACUUUUCUCUUGACUCCUGACCUUUAGACCUAUGACACCUCUGACGUUGCUGCUGGGGCAUCUUCUCGACUCAGUGUUCAUUCAGAAAACACAAUCUUUGAUGGCUUCACUUGUGAGGAAAAACUAAGUGCCAAUAUAUUUUCUGUUUUGAGCAAUGUGUCCAGUUCAACUGGUGCUGCUGUUAUGCUUUUGAAAUUUUAUCCAUAGGACAAAAUCUAAAUUAUUUCCAUUCAAUAGUUAUAAUGCAGAUUACAAUCAUAUUUCAGAAUACUUCUGUUGAAAAUAUUUCCUCAACAAGGAAAUAUUUUUUCAUUUUCACUUGUUUUUUAUGAAAGCAUUUUGCGAGUAGUGUGACUAAACACUUAGACGCAAAAAUGUUCCAAAAACAUUCCCAUAAAUGUUGUUCAGUUUUGUCUCAUGACCUGUGUGGGACGCUAACAGCCAUAAUUUUAUAUGAGGACUUCAUUAUGUGCAUUAAUUUAAUCUUAUCUUUAGACAGCAAAUGACCAACAUUAACAUUAGGACACUAACAUUUAAAAUCCGCCAACUGUAAACCUUUAACACUUGCUAUCACCACUAGAUCACACCUUCUGUUUGAUCACCAGUUUCCUUUUUUUUCUUGGCUGGAUGAAUGGAAACCACAUUUCGGUGUUUUGAAGUCAGGUUUUAAAAAGGGAACAUUUUGGUCCCAGGUCAGCAGGCAGUGUCAAACAUUAACCCUUUAGUUGACAAAACUGGAAUUUGGCCUACUAUUUAAACAGUCUGUUUAACCAGUCUGUUUGACAGUAACACAUUUUGAACAUUGGACCAUUUCAAACAUUGAGUUCAUAUUCAUACAUUGCUUGGGUCUGAUGUGGGAAGUUCCACUGAUUUAUUUGUACUCAAUGUUCAAUUUGUUCUCUAAUGAGAGAAGCCAUGGACUUAUAUUAGCCAGCUAAUGUAAUGAAACCAUGCAGCUAUCAGUAUGGUAUUGCUAAGUAAAGCUCCGAAAUCGUAUCUGAUGUGUGCCAAACUAACAUGCACAUGGUGUUUAGGCUUAGUUGUGGUGAACUGACCUGAUAUUCAAGCACACUAAAAGUGCUAAUAACUUUAACAGGUAAAUCAAAGAUCACAUUGCACCAUUUAUCGCUCCCCUUAAGCGUAGAUGUUUUAUCAUGGUCGCAAGAGGGUAUGAUAGUCAAAGGUAUCUCAAAGAGUUUGUUAGAUUUGGCCACAUUUCAACCACAGGAACCAGGGUCAAACAUUUCUCCUUGGAAGGUACUUGCCACCAUUUGUUAAAAUGUGAAGCCACAAAGCAGUAUGUUUUUCCAUUGACAGAAUCAAGCAGGAAUUGGAAAUGGCCUCUUGCAAUGAAUUGGUGUCACUUUAUAUGGUGUCAUUAUUGUUGUAGGCACAUGCAAAGUUACUUUAUUUACACAUAAGCAGAGUAAUUACUCUUAUCUUUGCAGGACUUUGUAACUGUUGGAAAGAAAAACAGAAAAGGGCAGAAGAACUUUUUUAGUUUCCAUAAAAGUAUUAGUACAGUACAGUAAGAGUACUUUGGAUGGAGAUGCUAUAUUACAGGAUAGAAUUACAGGUAAUUGAAAAUUGGUACUGUAAAGAUAUUUAUCCAACAUAAUGAACACACUCCAAUCCCUCUCUUAUUGAAGAACAUAUAUGGUUGUCAGUAAGGUCAACAGCUACUGUAGUUUAGGGUUAUACAAUCCCAGGAAAUCCAGAAGGAGUUCAUUUGAAAAUCAAAGCUUCAACAAAUGUUUACAAGAAAUACUGGACCAAAAUGCUUGUAGAGUUAACAUCCUACUGUAUGUAACCAUUCUGUUGAUCCAUCAUUUGGUUUCAGUGUAUUAAUUUGUAAAAUGAGAUGAACCCACACCUGACUGACAGAGUGAACCUAUGCUGCCCUCCAGUGGUGACAGAAGUUAAUGUGAAAGUGUGGAGCUGAAGUGAUGGAAUCUCAGAACUUGUUAAACCAGUGUUUGGUGAAUGUCUCCAGAGUUGAGUUCUGACUUUGGUGAAAGGAACCGUGUGUUAGUAUUUAUUUGAUCUCUUAUUUAAUAUUCAUGGGGAACAACAGACGGUGAGAAUACUGAGUGAGUGUUGUGACAUUGGAAUCUCAGACCUCUAAGAGAUGAAGGAACUUCUUCUAUGUGAACAUACAUUUCUUGCAUGUAGCUGUCAUGUGAUGUCCGAGAUGCUUUAGUUUUGGAUCAUUGUGUGUAUGUUGUUGAAUCUGUCAGCUUUAAAGAGAAAGCGUGUUUGAAAUUUUUUUAUGCAUCCUUUCAGAUUUAACAGAUGACUUUUCUAAGCUAACUGUCCUGUUAACCUACAGCUGUUUUUUGACUAUAUUUGUUGAGUACAUUUGGUACAACCACAUGUAAUUACAUUUAAUGUGGUAAAUGUACAAUAUGAAUAUAUAUUUGAUAAUAAUUUAUUUGUAAUUGUUUUAACUUUUUGUAUAAUUUGUACUUUCCCCUUUUAACACUUUCAACUACUGUCAAUAUCACAUUUUUUAUUGUUACAAUACUUUUUAAUGAAUUGUUUCUAAUAACCUGUGUUUGGAAAUGUACUUUAACUCUGGUUGUGUUUUUGUUUUGGAAUAGCUUGUUCGCUUUCUGCCAUGUCAAUGAUUAACACUGUGCAGCUGUCUCUUUGCUGUUGGUCCUGCUGUCUGUCAACAUUAAAGGUGACACACAACAUUUUUCACGCAA